CUGACAUACAUAGUUUUUCAUUGUUCUUUUUAAAAGACUGUUUAGAUUGAUAACACAAACGGCCAUUUUAUUUUGUUAAUAAUCCAGGUAAAACCUUAGUAUCGAGGUUUGCAGAAUCAAGAUGUGGGUAUGUGCAGUUUGUUAUUGUCCAAAUAAGAGGAACGAUCAAGAAUGUACAAAAUGCAAGAACGACAGAGAUUGUGAAAAGAUUAAAGGAUGGAAAGUGGUUAAAACUUUUGACGAUUUCUGUGACAGUGGCCCUACAAAACAGCUGUUUUUAAAAAAAGGAGAAGUUAUACAGGCAGCUAAAAAAAUUAACAGUGAAUGGUGGUGUGGCUUCAGAGAUAAUGAAUGGGGUUGGUUUCCAAAAUUGCAUGUUGUACGAUCGCGAAAAUCUCAAGAGAUAUCCAUUGAAUCUAAUGUAACCCAAGGUGCAAAAUCAGAAGAACCUAUUCCGUCAUCAGGAACAUUGUUAAAUGUUUUGUGUGAUUUUAUAAGUAAAUCUGAUUACGACACAGAUAAUUUGAAUGUUAAAAAAGGAGAUGUUGUCAAACUUAUAGACAGCCGAGAAGGUUGGCACUGGGUAGAACAUGGCGAUACUGAGGGAUGGAUCCAGGAUAAAAUUGUUCAACCAACAGAUUUUGUUCCGCUGAAAAGAAAAGUUUACAAGGUUAAACAAUCCUUCAAAAGCAAAUCCGAAUACGACACGGAUAACCUGAAUGUGAGGAAAGGUGAUGUUGUGGAACAUGAGUAUGUAACGAGUGAUGGGCAUUGGAUAUGGGUUUUACAUGGUAAUACAGAAGGAUGGAUCCCAGACUACUACGUUGAGCAAACAGAUCAGGAAAGUAUUGCAGCUCAAGCACAUAUUGAAACAUCCCAAACCAGAUUUGAUGGUAAAGACGUUAACAUUGAACAGAAAACAAACGAAGGUGAUCUAACACCACCAGUUCCGCAACGAAACUACAGAAAAUAUACGAAAGCUAAAGAACUGAGUAGUUCACAUGCAAAUAAGUCAGGAAAUACAUCAGACGACGAUGACGAGGAUAUAUAUGACGAAUUUGAAAAAGAAACGGAUAGUUCCGAAGAUAAACAAUCAGAGAACACAUCUCUACACGAGCAUAUUUAUGAAGAAGAGCUGACAAGGACGUAUGAAAUACAGCAAAGGGACAACUCAGAUGACGAUUAUGACGAUUAUGAUUACCCACAUUAUAGACCAGGGAUAAGUAACGACUAUGAGAAUGUUCCAAACUAUUUGUCUCAGAAAACUACCUACGAAGAACCUAUUUACGAAGAUAUAGACACCUUCAAACAACUUAGAAUCGUAAUGGUUGGAAAAACUGGAUCGGGUAAGAGUGCCACUGGGAAUGCUAUCCUUGGACAUAAAAACUUCAAAUCGAAGAUGGCAGGCCUGUCUGUUACCAAAGAGUGUCAACGCGGUGAUAUCAAAAUUGAUGAUCGCCAAAUUAUAGUAGUUGAUACUCCUGGAUUGUUUGAUACCAAACUAUCUCCAAUAGAAAUUGAAGAAAGUAUCAUUCGUUGUGUUCAUAUGUCAUUUCCAGGUCCACAUGUAUUUUUACUUGUGUUGCAGAUUGGAAGAUUUACUCCAGAAGAAAUUGAAUCCCUAGACCAGUUAUUUGCCAUAUUUGGACAGGAAAUGGAAGCUUUUUCGAUUAUCUUAUUUACCAGAAUGGACGAAUUGAAGAAUCAAAAUGAUACUAUUGAAGAUUAUAUAAAAGAAUCAGGUACACCAUUAACAACGUACAUAGAAAAAUGUCAUGGACGUUAUUUCGCUAUGGACAACACAGCUGCAGCGGAAAAUAGAGCGGAAAUGAUCAAAAAUCUAUUGGAUUUAAUCGACACUAUCGUCAAACAAAAUCAGAACAUGUGCUUUUCAAAUAAUUUGUUUAAAGAUGCUAAAGACAAUGCUCGACAAUCACGGAUACAAAUAGAAAUGGAAAAACUAAAGGAAAUUGAGCAAAUUGAAAACAUGUACGGAAAACAAGUCGACAUAAAUAGAGAAAUAAAAAAACAAAAACAGGAAGAAUUUCAUCAACAAGAAGAGCGAAAAAUCAAGCUUGAAGAACAGAAGAAAAGAAUUAAGUAUUCCAUAAUGUCAACAAAAGGCGAUGAUGAAAGCAGUACUCCUGGAAACACAGUUGGACCUAAUUCAGAAGAAAUUGAAGAUCUGUAUAACGAAAUUUUUAAAGCCAAUAACCUGCUAAAAGAGAAGGAAAGAGAGAAAAGAGAGGCAGAAGAUGCGUAUGAUACAGUGAAGGGAGAUUUACAAGAGUUGGUAAAAGAAACAAAAUCAAAACACAAUCAGCGAAUGUUAGCAUUGAAAAACACUGAUUUUUAUGAUCAAAUGAACACAGCAGUUGAGGAAAUGAAAGCAAUAGACGAAAGACUCCAAGAAAUUUCGAAAGAAAUGAGAGACCAAGGAAAUCGUCAAAAUAUGACCCUCCAACAAGAACUACAGAGAGAGGAAAAUGAAUUGCAUUCAAAAAUGGAUAAAGUAUUCUAUGAUCAUCGUAUGUACUUAGAGAAAUUGAGAAAAAAGUCGAAGGCGAUGGAAAAAAAAUUGACCAAAAAAGGGAAAUUGUGUCGCGUUAUGUAGCUCAAUAAAACAAAAUAGAGAAAUAAAGAAAUUUGACUACCAAACCAAAGUAAUAUUAUAGUAUAGAGCCAGAUAAGAGAACAUGUGUAAACUGUAUAUAAAUCUGAAAUAAGAACGCCAAACAAUAGCAUUCCUGACGACACUCCUGUUAACAGUUAAUCAGUGCUUUUUGUCACACAAUAAUAAUGACAUUGUGCAUGUGUCGAUAGUUUCUUAAGUCUCUAUUAUAAUCGUUGCCAAUUAUCACCCUCUGAGAACUUUAUCAUUUCCAAAUUCAUAUUUUUAUACUACAGACUAUUUAAGAUACAAUCAAUGAUAACUAUCCACCAGUCGAGUUUGCAUAAAAAGGCGCCUUACA